GAAGGGGAGGUGUAUAGCUGGGGACAUAAUGGCUAUUGUCAGCUUGGUAAUGGUAGCACCAACCAAUGUACAACACCAACUCAUGUUACAACCAACUUACAAGGCAAAGUGGUUGUUCAAGUGGCUUGUGGGAGUCACCAUUCCUUGGCUUUAACAAGUGAAGGAGAGGUUUUUGCCUGGGGACAGAAUAAUUGUGGCCAGGUUGGAUCUGGCUCAACCACAAAUCAACCUGCCCCCCGUAAAGUAACAGCCUGUCUGGGAGGGAAGAAGGCUGUUAGAAUAGCUUGUGGGCAGACGUCAUCCAUGUGUGUUUUGGAGAAUGGGGAUGUAUAUGGCUGGGGAUACAAUGGAAAUGGUCAGUUAGGAUUAGGAAAUAAUGUCAACCAGCCAAAUCCAGUGAAAGUCCAGGGCCUCACUGGUGUAUUUAUCAUAUCUGUUGUUUGUGGUUAUGCCCAUACUAUGGCUCUAUCUGAUGAGGGAACCCUAUAUGCCUGGGGCACAAAUGCUUAUGGUCAGCUUGGCACUGGAAACAAGGCCAAUCAAGUGGCACCUGUUACUAUAGCAACUGAAAAAGAAAGAUUUGUUGAAGUAGGUGCUUCACACUAUAACCAUAUAUCAUGUGGGAUUACACAAAAGGGGAAGGUUUACAUGUGGGGUCAAUGUCGGGGUCAGUCCAUUACAUUACCCAUGGCGACACCUUUUCACAGUCUCCAUGACGUCUUUGCAGCUUUUGGAUCACCAGCCGUCACUUGGACUCCAUUGAAAAUAGAUCACAUUGAAGGUUGCAAAACAUUGGAAAGUCUGAAGAAAGCAUUUGAUGACCCAACCCUAAGUGACAUCAGUUUCUCAGUUGAGAAUAAACAGAUCCAUGUCCAUAAAUCCAUUUUGAAGAUAAGAUGUGAGCAUUUUAGGUCAAUGUUCCAGUCCCAUUGGGGAGAGGAUUGUAAAGACACCAUUGAGAUCACCCAGUUUUCCUAUGUAGUAUACAGGGCAUUCUUGCAGUACUUAUACACUGACAAAGUAAACCUCUCUCCUGAAGAUGCCAUAGGUCUCCUAGAUCUGGCCAACUCAUACUGUGAGAUUGAACUUAAGCACCAAUGUGAGAAGAUCAUAAAACAAGGCAUAAGUGUGGAAAAUGCCGCAAUGUUGUAUGCUGCUGCAGUGAAAUAUGAGGCAGAGAGUCUCCAAGAAUUCUGCUUUAAGUUCUCACUGAACCACAUGACAGCAAUAACACAGACUGAGGCUUUCUGCAAAUUGGAUGAAAUAACAGUGAAAGACUUCAUCACAAAGGCUGCGCAGGCAGGAGCCUUUAAAUAUUAGCACUUGAGUGUACUUAAGUAAUGACAGUUCCAGACUGAGACCAUAUAGAGUCUUUAA